AUGUGGCCAAGCAGACUCCAGGCUUUGACCUUCGGCGACAGAUUCAACCAAAGUUUGGCAGAUGUCACCCUGCCAAGUAGCCUGCAGGCUUUGACCUUCGGCAAUAGCUUCAACCAAAGCUUGGAAGGCGUCACCUUGCCAAGCUCUCUUCAGACUUUGACCUUUGGGGGUGGCUUUGGGCAUAGCUUGGAAGGUGUCACUUGGCCAAAGGGCUUGCAGACUUUAGACUUCCGCAACGGUCCUGAUCAAAGCUUGGAAGGCAUUACUUGGCCAAGCAGCCUGGAGACUUUGACCUUCGGCUUCAGUUUCGAUGAGAGUUUGGAUGGUGUCUUCUUCCCCAAGACUUUGCGAACUUUGAAGUUUGGCGAAGCGUUCAACCAAAGCUUGGGGGGUGUUACGUUGCCAAGCGGUUUGGGGGCUUUGACCUUUGGCUUUCUGUUCGAGCAGAGCUUGGAAGGUGUUACGUUUCCCAGCAGCCUGCAGUCUUUGACCUUUGGCCAAGAAUUCAACCAGAGCUUAGAAGGCGUGAUUCUACCCAGUGGGCUGCAAACUUUGACCUUUGGCAAUUGUUUUUGCCAGAGCCUGGAGGGUGUCACUUUGCCCAGCAGCCUGCAGACUUUGAAGUUUGGCCAGCAGUUCAAUCGAAGCUUACAACGUGUUUCCUUGCCUAGCAGCCUGCAGGCUCUAAACUUUGGCGAGGGGUUUGACCAAAGCUUGGAAGGCGUUUCCUGGCCAAGCAGCCUGCAGACUUUGAAGUUUGGCGAUGAGUUUGACCAGAGCUUGCAAGAUGUGACAUGGCCAAGCAGCUUGCAGAACUUGACCUUGGGUGUUGGCUUUGAUCAGCCUGCCGGGCUUGCAAACCUCUCCUUGCCCGGCUUGCGCACCUUGAGCUGCGACAAGGAGCUUGAGGACAUUUUGGAGCCCAGCUUUCAGGGAGCUUUGCAUGAAUUCCGCUGGAGACCCGAUGCGGCGGAGACCCGACCGUCCUCGGGACACGGCCCGGUCCAGAGUCAGAGCAGCUUUGUUCGAUAA